UCCAGGCGCAUUUCAAAAAAUCAAUUUUUCGCGCGAAUAUAUGGCCAUCGAUUACAAUCGUUAACCUUCGGAAUAGUCUCUCUUCUCAUCGAGCUUCGUUUCUAAGUCGAAUAAAUUGUAAUAAUUUAUUAAUAAAACCAAAAAUGACUGAUCAAACAGCACUUCCACCUCCAGUAAUGUGGGCACAAAGAUCGACGGUCGUAUUUUUAACAAUAAAUUUAGAAGAUACAAAAGAUCCCGAAAUAAAAGUAAAUAAGGAUUCCAUAUACUUCAAAGGUGUCGGCGGGGUGGAGAAGAAAUUGUACGAAGUAACUAUUCCCUUGUAUAGAGAAAUUGACGUAGAAAAAAGUAAAACGUUUAACCGAGCUAGAUACAUUGAAUUCAUCUUAGAAAAAGCAGUCUCCUCCGAACCAUAUUGGCCUUCACUCACGUCAGACAAAAAGAAGCAUCACUGGCUGAAAUGUGACUUCAAUAAGUGGCGCGAUGAGGAUGAUUCCGGCGACGAAGGUGUCGACGGCAUGGGAGGCGGCGAUUUUGAGGAAAUGAUGAAACAAAUGGGCGGUUUAGGUGGUGGUGGAGGACAACCAAACUUCGACGAUUUGAACGAUGAGGGAGCGGAUUCGGACGAUGAGCCUAUUCCAGAUCUUGAAUAAUCAUAUUAAGCUACGUUAAUAUUAUGUUAUCACUUUUCAGUUGCAGAGGUGACUAGUUACAGUGUAACUGAGUUGUUUUCAUACAAUAUUUCUGCGUUAGCAACGACAAUUGUAUAUUAUUAACAUAAAUAUGAUCAAUUUUGGAAUGUACUUUAUAUAUUUAUGUCAGUAAUAAAGUUGAGUUACUCGAACUUAAUAUGAAUUUGAAA